AUGCACCUCGCUUGUUAUCUCUUUGCUUCUCUUCUUUUCCUUGGUGCCGUCGCAAAUCCUACCACCCAUCGCCACCAGUCGGGUUCGGGACUUCCUCUCAUCUGCCCAGGGUUAAGUACUCAAGAUAGAGGCUGUAUCCGCUACACUCGCGGGUUUGAUGUUACUGGAGUCGUGACUGAAGUCGACCUGGAGUUCCCGCAAGUGCGAACGGAAUGCGACUGUAUCCAGGAAUGCUUGAACCGGCUAGGCACCUGUGCUAAUUACGUCUACAAAUUCUCCACGCCCGAGUCUGUGAAGUCUGGCCACCGAACAUGUACACUCUACUCGGACUUCAACCUUCCAGCGCAGGUGACACUGCAGUUUGACUUGACAAGCAGCAACAACACGAACAUCAACGCUGCCGAGAUCAUUGCCAAUGGGAACAACCCUCAUGCGGGAGCUCUUGUUCCUCAGGCCUUCAAGGAUGAUAAUCUCAAUACCACCCCUGACCCGGAUGCUGUAUCUGGUCCUGUCUGGUCCCUUGCUAAUGGACAAGUCCAGUGCUAA